AUGUCGAGGUUUGGCUACGCGCGUCCGAGGGAAACGUUCGUUUCGUCGCUCGAUAUCAAGCUCGAUGAUUCGACCCGCUUUGGCCCUCAGCCUGGUAGCGCGAGCGUCGAUCCGAGCGGUCUUGCAUCCGGAGCAGAGGGUGCAACGAGCACAGACCACAACGCCCAUGGUGCUCGACCAGGCUCUUCCAAAGGUCCUACAUCGCCUUUACCUUCCCACGACUCCGCCACGGCCUCACAAUCUUUCGCGGAUCCCUCGUCGAGCGCGGCGACAAUGUCGACGAACGGCAGCGCAGCCGCAAGUGGCGCCGCUCCCCCUGCCGCUGCCUUGGCCGCUGGGGGGGCGGCAGGAGGCCGGGCCAGUAAGAACCAUGCCUUGGCCGCGCUCGCAAUGGCGAAAGAACAAGCCCAAGCCCUUUCAGUCAUCGUUUCACCCGUCAAAGCUUCCGACUCGAACGCUUCGGCUUCGACAGGGGCUGCGAUCGGCUCGGCUUCCUUCUACGGCGGCGGGACCAGCAGCAAUGGCGCCGGCCCUAGUGGUGGUGUUGGCGCGUGCGCGGCUCGCUCAGGAAGUCACCCGGGACCCGCUCAGUCGGAGAACGGCGCCGGUUCGGACAAUGACGAUGCCGUUUCCAACUCGACCUCACACGACGCCCAUCACAGCAGUGGACCAUCGAGGUCCAAGAACCCCGUUCGCAAGUAUACCGCCGAGUUGCCCCGCGCCCCACCUCUGGAUUUUUCGACGAUCCGCACCCAUGCGCCGAGGUUGCCAAAUCCACCGGCUCGACCUCGUUCGCGCCCUGCUCGCAUGUUUGGUCUCCAACAUGCUCCCGUAUUCCAUCCCACGAUCGAGGAGUUUGCUAAACCGAUGGAGUACAUUGAGAAGAUUGCGCUCGAGGCGAGAGAGUGGGGCAUUUGCAAAGUCGUCCCACCGGAAGGGUGGAGACCCCCUUUUGCACUCAAUACCGAGGUCAGUUUGGGACGUACGUAUUACAAAUCGACGGAGUAUAGUACUAAUAUGUCGUCGCGUUUUGUGACACACUCCCCGCAAAUGCAGACCUUCCGUUUUAAGACACGGCUGCAGCAGCUCAACUCGAUGGAAGCGACCGCACGAGCGAGUCUUAACUUCCUUGAACAACUGUACCUCUUCCAUCGUCAACAAGGCUCGGUUGGCAUCCAUAUUCCGACGAUUGCAGGCAAGCCAAUCGACAUGUUCAAACUCAAGCGAGAGGUGACGAUGCUUGGGGGCUACCACGCCGUAUCUUCCCAGCGCAAGUGGAGCUAUGUCGGCAAAUCCAUGGGUUACAACACCUCGCUGAACAAUACGAUCUGCUCGCAAAUCAAGACGAGCUACUCCAAGAUCAUUUUACCCUUCGAAGACUACGUCAACCGCGUCAAGCAGAGUGGUGGGACCCCACCACCAGAUCCGAGCGCGGUGAACGUGGAUGCCGCGACGAACCCUUUCGAGGCGGCCGCCAGCGCUACUUCGACGAUCCCCGUGAAUGGUGUUGCUGCUGAAGAGGUACCGGCUACGAAUGGUGCCAACCCCGCCGAAGGGAGUGUUGCCGACUCCGUCAUCGCCUCGGCUUCGGAGAUGUUCAAUGCAGUGAUGCAGGAGACGACGGCGGCUGCUCAGGCGCAGGGGAAAGCGAGCGCGGAGAAUGGGAGCGACGUGAAAAUGGGCGGCCCGUCUUCAAGCGAAUCGCCCAAGAAGAAGGCUUCGGAAAAUGAGACGCCGGGUGAAGCAUGCGAGAUCUGCUCCAAACACAAGGAGCCGGAUCGUAUCGUUUUGUGCGACGGCUGCGACCACGGCUUCCACCUCGACUGCCUUUCGCCUCCGCUCGCCGAGGUGCCGAAAUCGCAGUUCUUCUGCGAGGCGUGCCUGCUGCAGAACGGAGCCGACUAUGGAUUCGAUGAAGGGGAGGAGCACAGCCUGUACUCGUUCCAGAAGCGCGCGGAUGCUUUCAAGCGCAAGUGGUUGCUCGAACAUCCCAUGCCGAAGGAGAAGGCUAGGGCUAAGGACUUUACACCGGCCAAAGGGUACGCGUACGUCAAUGCGCAGGGCGAGGCGGUCGAACCGCCACCGGUGGACGAGUUCACUGAACAGAUCGCAGUCGAGGACCAUUUUGAACGCGAAUUCUGGCGCCUCGUCGAAUCACCCCAUGAAACGGUCGAGAUUGAGUAUGGCGCGGAUGUCAACCACACGAAUGAUGGGGGUGGAUUGCCGAAUCUUGAGAUCCAUUCGAGUGAUCCUUACUCGCGUGAUGGAUGGAACCUCAACAACUUGCCCAUCCUUGCUGGGUCGCUCUUGAGGUACAUCAAGUCGGACAUUUCGGGCAUGACAAUUCCUUGGAUCUAUGUCGGGAUGGUCUUUUCGACGUUCGCCUGGCACAAGGAGGAUCAUUACACCUACUCGUGAGUUUAAUUAACUGUCUGUCGUAGCUGAGAUAUCACUUCGUCUGACACGAGUGUGCUCGCUUUCAUCAGCAUCAACUACCACCACUUUGGCGACACCAAGACGUGGUACGGCAUCCCCGGUGACGACGACGAGAAGCUCGAGGCGGCGAUGAAGCUCGCAGCCCCGGAGCUGUUCGACCAGCACCCCGAUCUGAUGUGGCAGCUCGUCACGCUCAUGUCGCCCGGUCGCCUGAAGAAGCACGGUGUGCGAGUCUGCGCUUGUGAUCAGCGGCCGAACGAGUUCGUCAUCACCUUCCCGCGCGCCUAUCAUUCAGGUUUCAAUCACGGCUUCAACUUCAACGAGGCCGUUAAUUUCGCUCUGCCCGACUGGCUCCCGACGGGCAUCGCUUGCGUCGAGAGGUAUCGUUUGAUCGGCAAGAACCCAGUCUUUUCACACGACGAAUUGCUGGUCACGAUCUCGCAACAUGAGAAGGGGCCCCGAGCCUCGCGUUGGCUGCUGCCUUCAUAUCGCGAGAUGGUGGAACGUGAACUCGCGGGUCGUGAAAAGCUACGUCGAUUGCUCCCCGGUCUCAUUCAAGGUGUCGAUCCGACCGAGUUGGACGAAGAGGAGUACCAAUGCGCGCAAUGCAAGGUAUUGUGCUACCUCUCGCAAGUGCUUUCACACGACAUGGAGCAAGUUGCUUGCCUCGACCAUUACCAGUCCAUCACCAACGUCGACGCCGAGCAUCCUUUGCAACUUCGCCUCAAGUUCUCGGACGAGACGUUGUCGAGCAUGUUGGUUCGCGUCAAGCAACGCUCCGACAAGGCCGGCAAGUUGCCGAUGGACGUUCUAAUUGGCCCCAUCGAGACGGCGACACCGGUCGCUUCUACGGACCUUCGAACGACGGGGAGGAAACGCAAGCCUUCUGCUCUAGCGCUCGAAGCCGCCGAAAGUGAGGAUGUCAUGUCCCUGUCGGGGGAGAUCUCGACGCCUCCGAAUGGUCGUGCGGCGCAAAGGGCUAGAAUGGAGACGUUCCAGCCUGUUCUUGAAGUCCCGCAGCCCAUGGCCACGGUCUGA